AUGGCGACGACAACAGCAGCGCGGGACAUGGAGGUGAGGCUGGUCAACGGCAUGGUGCUGAAGGUGCAAGUGGAGGAGAUGGCGGGCGGCGUGGGGGAGCAAGUGACGGCGUUGGAGGCGAAGCUGAGGGAGCAGGGCGACGCCAUGGCUGCCAUGCAGCGCGACUUGGCCGACAUGCGCCGCGCCAUGGCCCUCCUCAAGGAGAUGGCGGCGGCGAGCGCUUUGGCGGAGAAGGGGAGUAAAGGGAGUGCGUGGGGGGAGGCAGCGGAGGACAUUUGCAUGCAGCCGCUGAAGGGAUCACGGGAGAAUAAGCUUGCUGCGAUUGAGGUGGAGGAGGUGAAGGCGAGGGUGGAAGCGGCGAGGGGGGAGGCGCGGGAAGCGGCGAGUGAGAUGCGCGGGGAGAUGGGCGCGCUGAAGGCGGAGCUUGCGCGGAUGAGGGCUGCGGCGGAGCGGCAGGCGGCGGAGGUGGCGUACGUGAAAGCGACGGCGGCGCACUCGGAGGCGCGCAUCAACGACGUCGAGCUGGCGCUCGCCGCGCGCAAGGACGGCAAGGCGGGCGGCGAAGGAGUGCAUGCGGGGGCGGAGAGGCGCGAGGGGAAGAGGCGGAAGAGUAACGAGGUAGGGGACAAGGGGGGGAUGGAAGACGCGCUGAUUUCUAACGGUGGUGCGGUUGUAGAAAAGCGGGAUGAGGCGGAUAGGGAUGGCGAAGCGAACGGGCGGGAGAAUGGUGCAGCAUGCGAUACGGAGGCUAAGCUGCAGGGGAUUAGGGCGCGAGUUGAAGCUCUGGAGAAAACGAGCGCUGGAGGAAGCAAGACGUGGGAGGGGCUCCAGAAGAUUGCAGCAGAUGCUAAAGAUGUUCAAGAAUUGAUCAGGGAUACGUUCCCUCAAAUGAUUGUGACACCGGGGAGGGAGGUGGUGAGGGUGCACGGGGGGUUGGGUUGA